AUGGUGGACAGCAUCUACCGGACCCGCUCACUGGGCGUGGCAGCUGAGGGGCUGCCGGACCAGUAUGCCAAUGGCCGCGCAGCACAGGUCUGGCAACUCUACAUCGGUGACACACGGAGCCGCACUGCCGAGUACAAGAACUGGCUGGUGUCACUGCUGCAUGCCCAGCGCUGCAAUACGGUGCUCGACUUGGCCUGCGGCACUGGGUGAGUCACACGGCAGGAGGAGGACGCAGUGCUGGGUGCUGGAUCAUGACCCAGCUUGAAGGCCUGGGCUCCCUUCUCCCCAGGGGGGGUUUGUGGCUCUAAUCCAGAUCUAGGCAUGCGGCAGCUGAUCAGGACCUCCCCCCCUCAUUGAAAGCACAUGGCUCCACACCCCGCACCCAAGAUUUCUGGAAACUACAAUUCCCAGCGCCCUCUAACAAACCACCACUUCUCAGGAUUCUUUGAAGGCGUGUGCUUCAAACGAGUCGGGUGUGAUUUAAAUGAAAGGAAAGGGCCCCCGUCGCUUUGUUGUGGGAGAGGCUCCCCCCCCCCGGUUAGGAAUAUGACACGUGGGCAGGAGGAGAGCGAUCCCCACAGAGGCUUGGGUAAAGGUCGACAAUUCUGGGAAAUGGGGGGGGGGGGCGGAGGGAUCUUUGCACCACAGCACCUGAUAUGCUUAAGAUGGCCCUGGGUGGCAGGAAGUUCUCCUUGCUUGCCAGUAGGUGGCAACAUCCACAGAGCUCCACUUUAUUAUCAUCAUUCACCCCUUCUAAACGCUGCAGUCAUUUGACUAAGGGCCCCGAAGAAAUUGCCAUUUAGAAAUGGUGUGCAGUGGCUAAGUGUGUUUGGUGGGAGCCUAGAGGUCCCUGGUUCAGAUCUCACAGCAGCCACAAGCUUGCUAUGUCACUUUAUGUCACUGGGGAACAUGUUGCAGUCUGAGGGGUGCAUUAUUCCCUUUGCAGCAAUAUUCCGAGACCAAAUGCCAGUCAGCUGCAGGCAUGGCGACACUCUUAGGUUUAAGGAUACAGAGAAACAGUACACAAAUAAAGUGACUAUGACCCAUGAGGCAAGGUGAGGCAACCAUCUCAGGUGGCAGGAUCCACAGAGGCAGCAGAUCCCAUUGUAGAUCUUUAUGCUCAGCUUCUCGCUAUAAUGUACGUCUUCACUCACCCCCUUCUUCCCUGCUGGGGAAGGGGGGCACUGUUUUGUGGUACACUUCAGCAUACCCUCCAAGCGUACCAAGCGUACCCCCUGUGCUGCCACCAAGGAGGAUGAGCAGUGGCAGCGACACUGAGCAGUGGCAAGGGAGCACCCCUUUGCCUCUCCAUGGCCACAACUGUCAGCUUCCUCCCUUGAACAGCUUGUAGCAGCUGCUGGAGGGCAAGUGAGGAGCAAGAGAGAGUUGGCAGAAGGCAGGGCCACCCUGGGCAGGAAGAAAGGAGGAAUGGAACCCAAGAAGUUUUGAUUUUUUUUUUCCUGCAUCCACAUCUACUCUUGCCCUCUUGUAUAAUUUAUUUAUUGUUGCAUGUUUUUCUUUUUGUAAAUCUACCAAACAAUACAACAAAACAAAAAUUUACUGAGCCAACCAAAAGAAAAAUGUGUAUAAUUUGAGGAGAAAGAAAGAGGCUAGUUCUUUCUUAGGUCAUGCCUUGAACAUAGCCAGUUGCCACCUUCACCCUCCCCUGUCUUGGCUUAAUUAUUUUUUAUUUUUAUUAUUAUUAUUAUUAUUAUUAUUAUUAUUAUUAUUAAUUUAUUUAUUCCCAGCCACUCUGGGCAGCUUCCAACAAAAUAUAAAAAAUACAAUUAAACAUCAAACAUUAAAAGCUUCCCUAAACAGGGCUGACUCCAGAUGUCUUCUGAAAGUCAUAUAGUUGUUUAUUUCCUUGACAUCUGAUGGGAGGGUGUUCCAUGGGGCAGGUGCCACUACCAAGAAGGCCCUCUGUCUGGUUCCCUGUAGCUUCACGUCUCGCAGUGAGGGAAAUGCCAGAAGGGCCUCAGAGUGGGAUCUCAGUGUCCGGGCUGAACUAUGGGGCUGGAGAUGCUCCUUCAGGUAUACUGAGCCUAACAGAAUUAACCCAUCGGUUAUAGACUGAAUGAUCUCUGCUGUUGCACUCCCAACACUGGGCAGCCUGGUGAUUGGAAAUAAUUGGUUUCACAUUCUUGAGUUAAACUCAGAUCAUGAAGGCUGGCACUAAUCUUUGGGAAUGUUCGCAUCUGGUGUUAGCAGCUCUUCUGGCCCUGAUUCAUGGAGCAAGUAGGUGGCUGGAUUCUUCAUGAUCAAUGCCAAGAAAAGGGAGAAACAAAAGAGAAACAGUUUCAUCUGUAUUGUAAGCCUCACGGGUGGCAGACUCUGCAGCCAGAAUGUGUGAAUGAAAGGAAGGAUGGAGGGGAAGGAAGGGGGUCCAUCCGCACCGUUUUUACAUUCGAUGUCUAUUAUUCAAAAUAAGGGAGGCAGUUUUAUAAGGCCUGCGAGUGCAGAUUUCCUAGCCUGCUUCUUCUAAAAUUACCAAGAAUGCAAAAAAGGAAAAUAAAAUAAAACCCCAAUAGUUUGACCUCUUAAAUCACAAAUUGGAUAGGUUUACUACUAAAGUGCAUUGUAAAUAUGUUUCCCAUUAUUUAGCUCAUUUAGCAUGUUCAGCAGUGAGCAUUCGGAUGUUUUGCGUCUUAUUAUUAUUAUUAUUAUUUCAUAGCAGGCAUUUGAUGAUUUUCCAAGCCAUGGGGAUAUUUAAAAGACCUGAACGCAACUGGCACAAUGCUAAUAGGUCAUUGUAAGCCAUCUGGAUGCAGACAAAGAAAGAUGAAAGAUGUAAUAGACUCAGAUCAGGCUGCUUAUAUUGGAGCCCUGGAUGCUAAGAUACUUAACAUACUCAGCAUUAUGUUUAAAGUAUAAAAAAAAGGCUGAAUAGCUCUUACAUAUUUGUUCAAACCUUAUGGAAAUAGCCUUUCUGGUAUUGUUUGUGACUGCAGCCCUCACUCUAAUUAAGUAGAGAUAAAUCUUAUGGACAGUACCCAAUGAAGUACCUCUUCUAGGGAUUUCUGCCUGCACAAGGGAACUUUCCCUUCCUCUCCUGUUCCCAUGUGCUCCUGUGCCCUCCCUCUUCAGGAGGGCUGGAGGAAACUCCAGAACAAAUUUUGGGGUGAGAACAGGGUGAGUAGCAGAAGAGAAGUUCGACUGCACAAUCAAAAGCUAGAGGAACUAUUUAUUUGGAUACCACCUUACCAAAUUCUAUGGUGCUGUGAGCAAGAUUGUAGUCUUUGCCCAAAUCCACAGAGAAGUCUUUAUACGUUUGUGUGUGUGUGUGUGUGUGUGUGUGUGUGUUUAUAUGCAUAUGUGCAGCAGUGUGGUGCAGAGUGAUCUACUACGACCUGGGAGACCAGUGUUCAGAUCCCUGCUCAAGCAAGAAGCUCACUAGGUUACCUUAUGUACCUUAGGUAGGCGAACCUACCUCACAGGGUUGUUGUGAGGAUAAAAUGGGGAGAGGGAGAACCAUGUCAACCACCUAGAGCUCCUUGGAACAGAGGCAGAAUGUAAAUUUAAUAAAUGAAUAAAUAGCAGUAAUAGAACACAGUCAUGCUAUUUAACCCUUCCAUAUUGCAAUACAUCCAUACUUUAUACAGUCACAAUUUUCUUGUUAUACCAUUAACAUAAUAUAAUGCAUUUUUGCAUGUUGUUCUGACUAAUCUAUGCAUUUUUAUGUACACUUUUCCCAUAUGUAUGCUUUUUUAAAACACUUUAUUUGCUUGGAAAAUGGCAUCAUAAAAUUCAGAAAAGCAAGGAUUUCAAAGGAUAGCUGUGUUCUGGAUUGUGUAUUUCAGGAAGCCGGAAUUAGGUAGAUUUGUGCUAAAUACCACCCCCAUCCCUAGUCAGUACAGCAGGCAGAUGAUGGGAUCAGAGAGAGAAUCCAAUGGGAGAAGCUGUCGCUGGCCCCCCCCUUCACUACAUUCAAAGUUUCACACCUUCUCUAGGAUGUAGCCUGAUUCACAUCUGGACAAUAUUUGGAGGACGUGAGAUCACCUGGGAGCUCCAUGUAUGCCACUCUGGAGUCCUCAGAGAAAGACAGGAAUGUAACAAACAAGGAAAUGUGUGUAGCUGAAAUCUGUAGCAAAGUGAUGUCUCAUUGCAUGGCGUAAGAAGAAGAGAAUGAAUUUCUGUGACCAACUUUGAAGGAGUUUUUCAGAAGCAUUUCCCCUUGUCCAAGAGGUCUACUUUUAGCACUUAUUGGAAACCAUAUACCGUAUUUUUCGCUCUAUAAGACGCACCAGACCACAAGACGCACCUAGUUUUUGGAGGAGGAAAACAAGAAAAAAAAUAUUCUGAAUCUCAGAAGCCAGAACAGCAAGAGGGAUCGCUGCGCAGUGAAAGCAGCAAUCCCUCUUGCUGUUCUGGCUUCUGGGAUAGCUGCGCAGCCUGCAUUCGCUCCAUAAGACGCACACACAUUUCCCCUUACUUUUUAGGAGGGAAAAAGUGAGUCUUAUAGAGCAAAAAAUACAGUAUGUAAUGGCACAUCACAAAAUAGUUAUAAUGCCUUCUGCCUGCAUUGGAUUACAGCCCAAGACUCUUGUAACACUGAAGCAUAGGAAGCUGACUUAUACAGAGUGAGACCACUGGUCCAUCUACCUCAGUACUGUUUGCACUGACUGGCAGUGCCUCUCCAAAAUUUCAGACGGAGUCCCCCCCCCCCCCCGGCCUACCUGGAGAUGCCAGGGAUCAAAACUAGGACCUUCUGCACACAGAACAGAUGCUCAUCCACUGAGCUAUGGCCCUUCCAUGUGUUUUAGCAAGGGACUAUGGGAAUACUGUAAUGCUAGAUUCUACCGCUUUGGUUAAAUAAGAAUUACUUUCAUUUGCUUUUAUUCUUGAUAACUAGAGUGGGCCUAUUUCCAGAUUUUCCAGUGGAUUUAUUCCUUUGCAUUUUAAUGUACAUCAGACUUCCUUUGCACUGUACUUUUUACAUAUUUUAAGCUUGGAAAAAAAUGUACUGGAACAAUAAGGAUAAUGGAGCAAGGAGAAAGGAGUCCCAAAAGCUGCAUUAAGGGAAUAUGCAUGACUUUCAAUGCAAAAGCCAGUGACUGCAAUCCUGCUCCAUUAAUAUCCACGGAUUUUGCCACUGAUUCCUAGACGUGCAGGAUUGCACCCAGAAUAAACUAGCUUAGCACAACCUGAAUACCACAUAAACCUUGCAUUUAAACUGUCUUAGUCCCCCCUGGUUUAAGCGCAACGGUACUGCCUUUUGUCCUUUGCAGAUGCCAGACCCGGGUCUCAAACGGAAACAGAAUGAAAAGCCCUUUCACUAAUGACCCAUGGAUGCUUACAAACUAAUAGAGCAUCAUUGGCCAGCUGCAUCCAUACCUAAAUGGCGCAUAUGGUGAGCAAGUUCAUGCACUCUCCCAAUUAGGCCCUGUGUCUUAAAACUGCAAACCUGUUUAACAGUUAGCCGGGGAGUAGCUCUGUGAAUACAGUAAAAUGACACUUAUGCUGAAAGUGGAUGCUAGACUUUGCAAAAGGGUGAAUUUAUUGAUCUAUGCUUCUAACUGGACACAAACUGGAAGAAUUCCAUUAAACCCAGGAAUCAUAUUAGCCUUCAGAUGGCACAAAUGGCACUCUCCAUUCUUUUUGUUCGGACGGAGAAACAUUAUAUAGUUGUGAUUGACCCCCCCUCACACGAUUCUCCCUCAUACACCAAGAUGCUGUGGGCUAGUAGAAGAUGCACAGGGACCAUAUAACUCAGAGGAUAUCAACAUGGUGCCUUCCAGAGUCUAGCUCCCAUUAGUCCUAGUUCAGUACAACUUUUAGUGAAGGAUGCUGGGAGCUGUAGUCCAGCAGACACCAUAUUAGCUACCUCUGGUAUAACUGCUGCCACAGGAGUACACAAAAAACAGGUGUCCAUGCAGAGAGAACCAGGAAACUAUCCUUAACUCUGGCCAAAACCUUGUCAAAUGAUUAGGGCUAUACUAAAUAUUCCCUAAUAUCAGUGGUGUAGUAGUUAAGAGCGAUAGUCUCACAAUCUGGUGAACCGGGUUUGCGUCUCUGCUCCUCCACAUGCAGCUGCUGGGGGACCUUGGGCUAGUCACACUUCCUUGAAGUCUCUCAGCUCCACUCACCUCGCAGAGUGUUUGUUGUGGGGGAGGAAGGGAAAGGAGAAUGUUAGCCGCUUUGAGACUCCUUCAAGUAGUGAUAAAGCAGGAUAUCAAAUCCAAGCUCCUCGUCUUCUUCUUCUUCUUCAUCAUCAUCAUCAUCAUCAUAUUUUCUUUGAAAUUAGCCCAAUAUCUACAGCCAAACUAGUUGCUGGAAAAGGUAGUUACGUAACUUUAACUCUCUUGUUGUUUCAGUGCUGUUUGGCACCCCUUUCUUCCCGGGCUUUUUUACUGAAAUUCUCCUACUUCACUGUCUGUGAUCCCAUUUGUCCUUACCACUGUUUAAUCUGUAGUGAUUGUAGUGAUUUGUUCAAAUCCAUUGUACUAGCAGCUGCAACAUCAUCUGUUGUUGUUGUUGCUGCUGCUGCUGCUGUUAAAUUUAUAUACCACCCCUCAUCUGAAAAUGACAGCACAGUUUACAACAUAAAAAACACAAAAUCAAGAAUACAUAACAUAAUAAUAUGUACAUAUACAUAAUUUGGUACCAUGACCUUGUCUGGAAAAUGACAUAGGUCACCACUGGAGAUUAACUGCCAAUGAGGGCAAAUGAGGGAAAGGACAGAGAGGGCAAAUAAGAAUAAUAAUUGUGCUGAGAUCGAGCAACAGGCAGGAGAACAAGUUGGAGCCAAGCGGCAUUGAAACAACACAGUUUCCCAAUGAAUGCGAAAAAUCAGACAAUGCUUCAAUAAUCUGACUGUAAAAAAAUUGCUGUGGAAAAGUGUUUCCUCAAAAGCUGAGGUAAUAUCUCAAAGCUUGCCAUAUAUACCGGAGGGUGGAGAAGGUGGAUGGAGAGAGCUGACAGGUUGAGCUUGUAAACAGUGAAAAUUAUUUUACUUGAAAAGAAAAUCCUUUUUAAUUCUCAUCCCACCCCCACCCCACGAAAAAUUUUAGAGGUUUCUAGUAUAUAAGGCCCUGGACCUAUUUGUAAUUUAGUAGGUUCCUACCUAGGGGCACAUCUCUCAUCUCUACAGUUUUCAGACUACAGUACUUCUCCACAAAGCAAUAAGAGAGAUUAAGUGAUUCCUUUCUUACUCACUGUAAGUCCAGUCAAAGGGUCAUCUCGCUUCAGGCUGAGGGAACCAGCAUUUGUCCACACACAGCUUUCUGGGUCAUGUGGCCAGCAGGACUAAACCACUUCUGCCACAAGGGAACACUGUGAUGGAAACCAAAGCACAUGGAAAUGCCAUUUACCUUUCCACCACAGCGGUACCUAUUUAUCUACUUGCACUGGAGUGCUUUCGAACUGCUAGGUUGGCAGGAGCUGGGAUAGAGCAAUGGGAGCUCAUCACCAUCGUGCAGAUUCGAACCACCGACCUUCCAUUCAGUGGUUUAGACCAUAAUGCCACCCACUCUCUAGUGGUUUAGAUCACAGCGCCACCCGCUCUCUUUUAGCUUAACUAGACCCAAAUCACGCAGUCCAUGAAGUGCCUUGGACUAAGGAGCAUUAUUUUCCAAAGCAUUAAAUUGGGCUCUUGAAUCAUGUGGUGAGUGCAUUCUCUCACUUCACUUCUUUCAAGCACACUUUGUACCUUUCAUCCUCCUGCUUGGGAAAUGGGUGGGUUAUGGUUGUCCUGAGGAGGUUAAAGAAUGUUCCACUGCAUAGCAAUCUAUGAAAGCAGCAAACAGGAUUUGAUGUUCAUUACUCCACUCCAUUCUGACAUCGGAGGUGCAAAGGGAUUUUAGCAAGUGUGAAAUGUCUUAAAUUCCUUAAGCCUCACACCGUUAGAGAGCUACCAAUAUUAACUAAAAGAGCAACGGUGUGAAAUUACUUUUGGUCACUUAUAAUCUAUCCAGACUCUAAUGCUGUGUUUAAAAUUAAGCCCUGAUUGCAAAGGAUAAGAAAUGUUCUCCUCUAAUUUCUCAUCUGGGGAGAUAUAAAGUGACUUACGGUUAACCAGAGGAAAUGAAAGAGGGAUGAGCCCUACAGUUAGAAGUCCAGGUGGUUCUACUGCUUUCUUAUUUUUCUUCACUUUUAGAUUUUUUUCCUUCCCUCUCUUCCUUUUGUUUGCGUGUGUGUGUGUGUGUGUGAUUUAAAAAAACCCCGCUUGUGAUAUUGUGAAGGGAAGAAUGUAACCCUUCCAUUUUAUUUCUCCGCAUAUAAAGGCAAACGUGUUUCAUUAAAACAAGAUUCCAAACGUGUUUCAUUAAAAUAAGAUUGCUGAAAAAUGCUCUGCUGAUGACUAGAUCCUCAGCGGCAGAUUAAUGGAAUGUAUGCAGUUCUUUACAAACAGAUAAAAUGUUAUCUGCAAUUCUUAACCUAUAUUGCAGCAGCAGUACGCAGGAUGGCUGUCCUUUAAAGUUCUCUUGGUUACGCAUAUGGGUUAAUAUAGUUACUGGGGGUUAUUGUUCUAAGGGGAAUUUGCCUGUGAAAUGAAAGACAUGAAAAGAUAAUGAUAAAUCUAAAUUAUGCAAGUCUGUUUAACAGAAAUAUGUGGUGAAACGCAGCCAAUGGGACAUUUCUAAACUGUGGGUUCAGUGUUAUAAAAUAUGUGAGAGUUGCCCAGGCACUGCAGAGCUGAUGGGAAACAUGAUCCAGCCUGCAGCACCAGUCCAAAGACCAAGGGUCCCUGAGAGUCGAAAGCACCUGCCUCCAAGGAAGAACAUUGUGUCAAGGAGAAGUAUAUGCAGGGGCCAGGUGGCAGAAGAACCGACCGUCACGACAGGUUGCCAGGAACAGAUAAGACAAGGAAAAGUCCUUGCCAUCUGCUUUUAUUCAAUAUUUACAGAGAGAGGCUUGAGAAUGCAACCUCUUGGAAUAAUAGCGUUGUCCUGAGUAAAUCUCUGUCCCCUCUUUUCUCCUACUUCCUCAUCCAUCACCUUCUUCCCUAUGGGUGGCGCUGAGGACCCUUUGCUUCUGAGCCCUUUGCUUUCAAGGCUCACCAGGUUCUGGGGGUGGGUCUGGAAUGCUUUCUAGACAUUGUGUCUGUCAGCUGUUGCUCUCCUGGUGCUUCCUCUCCUAUUAUUUCCCAGCUUUCCCCGUCAUCUGAGCUGUGACCUCCCUCAACCCCCUGUUGCAAUUCUGAACAGUCUUCUUCUCUGGAAGGGUCAAGCUUGGGAGGCGGUCUCCACCAUUCCUCAUCUGCCCAGUCCCUGACAGCAGGAUACUUGGGCUCAAGUACCUGCAGAAGCAUCUUCUCUGAUACCAAGUGACUUGAUCCAUAAGAUUCUGGUGUGUAUGUGUUCUGCUCAUGGUCUCUGUGGGGAUUUCCAGUGAGAGGGUGGUUAGAAGAGCAUUCUCCAUAGCAGGGCCUCAAUUUUGGAAUGAUCGCGCCCUGGAAUUUGAUCUGCGUUCUUCAUUGCUGGGAUUUUGACAGCAACUGAAGGUGUUUUUCUUCACCCAGGUCUUUUAAUGUAAAGGUAAAGGGACCCCUGACCAUUAGGUUCAGUCGUGGCCGACUCUGGGGUUCCAGUGCUCAUCUCGCUUUAUUGGCUAAGGGAGCCGGCGUACAGCUUCCAGGUCAUGUGGCCAGCAUGACUAAGCCACUUCUGGCGAAACCAGAGCAGCGCAUGGAAACGCUGUUUACCUUCCCGCUGGAGCGGUACCUAUUUAUCUACUUGCACUUUGACGUGCUUUUGAACUGCUAGGUUGACAGGAGCAGGAACCGAGCAACGGGAGAUCACCCUGUCGCGGGGAUUCGAACUGCCAACCUUCUGCUCGGCAAGCCCUAGGCUCUGUGGUUUAACCCACAGCGCCACCCGUGUCCUUGAUAAUGUAAUGUUAUCAUUAAUAGCAUUUUCUGGAUUGGGUGGUUUUUUUUAAUGAUUGCCAUUUUAAUCAGCGUUUUGGUGACUUAUUUAGGGAUGCAUUUUGUUGGCUUAUCUUGUGCUAUACAUGGUUUGGGGCUCUGAGGAGGAAGGUUGACUCAUAAAUAUAAUAAAAUAAGUAAGAGCAUAAGAACAGCCUUUUGGAUCAGGCCAGCAUCCUGUUCUCACAAUGGCCAACCAGACGACUGUGGGACCUGAACACAAGCGCCCUCUCUCCUCCUGUGGUUUCUUGUUGCCUCUCACCAUGGAGACAGAACAUAGACAUCAAAAUCAGUAGCUCCUGGUCUCCUUAUUUCCCAAGAAUUGGGCCAAUCCUCUUUUAAAGCUAUCCAAGUGGUGAACAUCACUGCUUCCUGGGAGAGCGAGGUCCAUGGUUUAACUAUGUGCUGUGUGGAGAAGAACUUUCAUUUAUCUUUCCUGAAUCUUCCAGCAUUCAGCUUCCUUGGAUAUUCUUGAGUUCUAGCAUCUCAUCACUCUCCCCAUGCCAUGCAUCAUUUUAUAAACUUCUGUCAUGUCAGCUCUUGCUCACCAGUUCUCUAAACUAAAAAGUCCCAAAUGCUGCAACCAUAGCUGUCAACUUUUCCCUUUUCUUGCGAGGAAUCCUAUUCAGAAUAAGGGAAUUGCCCUUUAAAAAAGGGAAUGACAGCUAUGGCUGCAACCGUACUCCAUAGAGGACCAUCCUUGCCCUAUCUAUAGGGUCGAGAAAAAGCAGCAGGAGGGUAGAUAAUAUCUCUCCCCCCUGCCCUUUCUCUGCCAAAAAAUGAACACUCCAUUCCAACAGUCAGUUGCCCUGGGGCUGUGGAGCAGAGGAGAAACAUAUGCUGCCCCCAUCCAUGUGGCACACACAAACACAUACAGAUUUAAUGAUCAUUUUAAACAAACACAUGGGCUUACAAAUGUCUAAUAUAUUUUCCCCUCCGUUGAGAUGUCAAACUUCACUCCCCCCCACCCCUUUUUGAAAAAAACAAAUGUGUGUGUUUUGAAUACAGUGCCAAAGAGCCUUGGUGCUCGAACACACAAUUCCACUUGUGUAUAUGGGACUGAUAAUGUGUAAUAAGAUACAAUGCCAUCUUAAGCAACUUGCACAAUGGACAAGAAAGGAUUCUGCCACCUCAGCUUCAAGAUCCCUGCCUCCAUCUGACACUUUCGACCGUCCAUAGUAAUGAUGCUCGCUCAGCAAGCAAAAUCUUCCCGUAAUCCUUUUACCAGCCAGUGUUUUGCGAGUGAUGACAGCUGCCUGCUCUUUCUGGGUUACUAAUGGCCUCGGAUACAGAACAGGCUUUCGGAGCGCUCCAGUCCCAAUGAUAUAUACAUAAGAGUAUCCCUAGCAGACAGUUUCUGCAUCGGUAGGUGUCUCAGGUAUCUCGCAAGUGUCUCAGGAGGGAUGCAGGAAUUCGGAGAUGGAAAGAUCCUUCUGUAAGCAAGGUGAAGUCCUGACAAUCUGUGCCCUUUAGGGAACAACCAGAAUAUAUCUGUUUACUUUGAAAAAGAAACCAGCCACCUUCUGUAGUUGCUGGCCUGCAGUGGCUAUCCUUGUCCUCUCACUGCCACAGUGCUCUC